AUUAAUGGGAUGGGCCCGACUAUAAUUAGGGAUCUCUGGAGGAUCCCAAGUCCCCUGGCUAAGCAAAAAGAAGAGAACACGAGUGCAAGACUAUCUCUGAUAGGAAAGCCCGGAUAAUUCGACCGCAACAACUCUCCUCAUAAUCUCAAUUCAUCCCCACCCUCAUCAGAUCAGAUCUCCUACCCAGACUCAGGAGUCGCCCAAAGAGAAGCACAUGCAUGCUUGUUCUUCCUUGCGCCGCCGUCUGCUUCGUUCCUCGGCCAAUCUGAUUCCCUCUGCGCCCGCAAGACUUCAGAAUCUAAGCCGUGCACAAAUCCCCAAGUCCUUGUAUCGGACUCGAAGCCCUAUAACUUGGUCUAACUCACCGAGGACUUACUCCACUUCUCCAUCGCAUCAGUACGAACCGAGGAAGGCUUCAACCUUCUGGACGAUCACAUUCACCCUACUCCUAGUCGGUGCAGGAACCUGGCUACAGGAUAAAUACUGGACAGUUGACGACGCACUUCCACCUUCUCCCGAUUCCUCAAAACCUCAUCAAGAAACAGUUUCGCCUUUUCUCGGUAUAAUCGACACGUUGAAGACCAUGCCUAUUGAAGCUCAACCCGGAACCGUGGGCAACCUCACACCCGAACAGGAAGCAAAGCUCCAGGAGUUCUGGGUCUUGCUGCUCAAAGUGUGUGGCGUGGAAGGUACCGAGCAGUUGCAACAACAAUCCAGCGAAGCACCUUCACCUACCCCAGCCCAGGAAAAGAAGAAGCCUACGAAGCGGCGAUUCGGCCUCUUCGGGAGAGGCGGUGACGAGGCUGAAGACGAUUCAGCUAGCGCUCAGUCAGCUAGUGACAUCUCAACCAGUCUGGCCUCGAUCAGCAUCACCGAUGGAGACGAUAAGUACGGACAGUCGAAGGAGUUCCAGCAGGCUCUGGUUGAUAUGAAACCAGAAGAGAUCCGAACCAGCUUAUGGAACAUGAUCAAGCACGACAAUCCCGACUCGUUGCUGCUCCGUUUCCUGCGGGCGCGCAAGUGGGAUGUCAAGAAGGCGCUGAUUAUGCUGAUCUCUACACUCCGAUGGAGACUGCAGGAGGUCAAGCUGGACGAAGAUAUUAUGAAGAAUGGCGAGCAUGGCGCGUUGAAGCAGAGCCAAACCGCUGAUCCUGUUGAGAAGAAGGCCGGUGAGGACUUCCUGCUGCAGUUCCGCAUGGGCAAGAGUUUCUUGCAUGGUGUUGACAAGUCCGGUCGGCCUAUCUGUGUGGUCAGAGUGCGCUUGCACAAAGCAGGGGAUCAAGAGGUGGAGGCACUCGAUCGGUUUACUGUCUACACCAUUGAGACUGCUCGAAUGAUGCUUGCACCUCCUGUCGAGACAGCUUGCGUUGUUUUUGAUAUGACCGACUUCUCGCUGAGCAAUAUGGACUAUCAUCCAGUCAAGUAUAUGAUCAAAUGCUUUGAAGCCAACUACCCGGAGUGCUUGGGAGUGGUCCUGAUUCAUAAGGCUCCCUGGAUCUUUUCCGGAAUUUGGAACGUCAUCAAGGGCUGGCUUGACCCCGUGGUCGCCUCGAAGAUCCAGUUUACCAAAAAUGUCCAGGACUUGGAGAAGUUCAUUCCUAGGGAUCAAAUCUGGAAAGAGCUUGAGGGUGACGAAAACUGGGCCUACAAGUACGUCGAGGCCGAACCCGACGAGAACAAGAACCAGGAGGACACUGCCAAGCGCGAUGCGAUGAUCGCCGAGCGACAGCAACUCGCUAAGGAGUUGCAAGGUGCCACGAUUGCCUGGAUUGCAGCCAGCCAGAAGAAGGAUGACUCGGCUUUGAAGACCGCGACUGAGACGAGGAACGGUCUUGUUGAGCGGUUGAGAGCUCAAUACUGGGAGCUCGACUCGUAUGUCCGGGCUACUUCCCUCUAUGAUCGAAUCAACAUCAUCCAGGGUGGCGGCAAGAUCGAGUUCUACCCGGACGAGGUCAAGACGAAGGGAAAUGCGCUUCAUGAGGGCUAGAACCUAGAUGGGCGAACUAGCCUACAUUGCAAAGGUCUGUGUAUAAAUACAUUAUUGUUAGAAUUGUUACCCUGUGUGAUAUGAUAGAUGUCUUCUGUGGGUCUUAAUGAUGCCUUGUCACGGUAUAACGACCUGGAAAGAGCAUUACUGUAUGUACAAUUGGAUUGGGCCAUUUUUGUCUCCGGAGACACAUUUCCUGAUAUGGUAACUGUGGCUAGCAGUAGAGUAGAGGCUCACGAGCUCCAGGCUUUCCAUUGUUUCGGAUUACCUUUGUUAAUGAGAUUGACCGGUAAAUUUUCAUUUGUGAACUUAG